GAGGGGGUUUAAAAGGACCUGCAGUGCAGCUGAGCCCUCACCAAGGUGGAGACACAAACCAUCAUGAAGGCUCUCAUUUUUGUGGCUCUUUUUGCAGCAGCAUAUGCUGCUCCCAUUGAGGAUGACAAGAUCGUUGGAGGCUAUGAGUGCAGAAAGAACAGCGUGCCCUACCAGGUGUCUCUGAACGCAGGCUACCACUUUUGUGGAGGCUCCCUGAUCUCCAGCACCUGGGUGGUGUCCGCCGCUCAUUGCUACAAGUCGCGCAUUCAGGUGCGUCUUGGUGAGCACAACAUUGCUGUGAACGAAGGCACGGAGCAGUUCAUCAACUCUGGUAAAAUCAUCAAACAUCCGAAGUACAACAGCUACAACGUGGACAACGACAUCAUGCUGAUCAAGUUGAGCACACCCGCUAGGCUGAACAGCUAUGUCAGCACCAUACCUGUGGCCAGCACCUGUGCCAGUGCAGGCACUCGCUGUCUGAUCUCUGGAUGGGGAAACAUGAGCAGCUCAGGCAACAACUACCCUGAUAAUCUGAGGUGUCUGGAUGCCCCCAUCCUGACUGACUCCAGCUGCAGGAACUGCUAUCCUGGACAGAUCACCUCCAAUAUGAUCUGUGCCGGCUUCCUCGAGGGAGGCAAAGACUCCUGUCAGGGUGAUUCCGGUGGCCCCAUGGUGUGCAGCGGCGUCCUGCAGGGUGUUGUAUCCUGGGGUUAUGGCUGCGCCAUGAAGAACAAGCCUGGUGUCUACACCAAGGUCUGCAACUAUAAAAGCUGGAUCCAGUCCGUCAUGGCCAACAACUAAAAACAGUCAUUUAUGUUAUGAGAGAAAGUCUACACACAUCUUAAAUAAA